UUACCGUAGUCGCUGUUUGUGCCGAGACCGAUCCAAACAAAGACAAAGUUUGACUCUCUUGACUAGCUUCUUUAGAUUUUUGACCUAAGAUGGCUUCAGUUCAAUUGGGUGAAGGCGAAAAGACAUUUAUAAUACAUGGAAUUAAGGAUGACCUGCGGUCAGAUGGGAGAACAUGCCUAUCUUAUCGAAACUUUGAAUUGGAAUGUGGAGUAGUGUCCAACACAAGUGGAUCUGCAAGAUUGAAGCUUUCAAACACACAGGUUUUAGUUGGUGUUAAAGCUGAAAUGGGACCACCUAAUCAAUUAAAUCCUUCCUGCGGCACAAUAGAAUUCUUUGUAGACUUCUCAGCCAACGCAUCACCCAAGUUUGCCGGGCGGGGCGGAGAUGAGCUGGCAGGAGAGAUAUCCAACAUGCUUGGGCUUGUCUACAAAAAUGAAAAGAUGUUGGACUACAAAUCAUUGUGCGUUAUAGCUGGUCAAUGUGUAUGGACACUCUAUGCUGAUAUAGUUGUACUGGAAUGUGGAGGAAAUCUCUUUGAUGCCAUUGCUCUUGCAGUUAAAGCAGCUCUCUAUAAUACAAGGAUACCUUUGGUGACCGUACAGAAAGACAUGGAUGGGACUGAAGACAUUGAGGUUUCUAGUAACCCACAUGAUUUCAUCACAAUGGACACCAAGAAUCUACCUGUACUAGUCACAGUCACUAAGUUUGACUCUGGUCACAUCGUAGAUGCAACGCUUGAAGAAGAGGCAUGCAGCAUGGCCUGCAUAGUUGCAGCUGUCAACAAAGAGGGCGCCAUAGAUGGUGUAAUGAAGAAAGGAUCGGGAAGUCUGACAUUAGACAGUAUUCAUGAGAUGCUUGAUUCAGCCAAGCAGAUUGGUAAAGACCUGAAUAUGAGCCUUGAUGUGUUCCUGUCAAAGAAAGGGAGGGAGAUGUCAAGCAAAGGAUUCCUCUCAUGAUGGAACAAUGGCCUUUGAACUUUGAUAUGGAGUCCAUUGAACUUUUAAACUCCAGACCAAGCAGAUGGGAUGAGUUUGGAAAAUUUUCCUUUCGAAGAAGAGGAGAAAUACCAAGCAUUGGAUUCCUCUUAUGAUGGAACAAUGACCUUUGAACUUUGACCUAAAGCCAAGCAGAUAGGACGAGCUUUGAAAUCUUUCCUGCGUAAGAAACGAAAAUAAAUAUCAAGCUAAGGACUUAUCUUGUGGAAUAACAACCUUUGAACUUUGACAGGGAGUCCAUUGAACUCUGAACUCUAAGCCAAGCAGACGAGCUUCAAAUUAUUAUUUUCUAAGAAAGAGAGGGAGCUAAGCAUUGGAUUACUCAUUUGGUGAACCUUUGACUCAGUUUAUUCAUGGACCUAUGUUGAAUUUAGCUGAGCAGAAUUGGAAGGACCUGAAUAUGCCUUUUACACUUUUUGUACGGCAUUUUCAUAGACUAAAAUGUAUUAAUGUAUAUUUUCAUAUUUUUUACCCAGAAAAUAGACAAAAAUGAAUAUGCAUUUAUCUACGAUUUUGUUCAUAGAAAUUUGUAACUUUUUUUUCACUUGAAAGUCUGGGUGAUAGUUUUUGAAAGAAGUGAGAUUUUGGGCCAAAAUUUGUGUUUUUGGUAAAAAAAUUGGCACAUGCACUGUUAUCUAUCUGCUUCAUUAUGAAUAGCAGUAAUUAAUGCACGUCACAAUGUUCAAUAUGAAACGGAAUAUAUCAACAAUAAUAUUGAUAGGCUUCAUGACAGUAUGAGUGUCUGAAUUUGCUGAGAUAGAGGGCAAAUAUGCCAAAAUGUAUUACUCGAUAUUGCACUAAAACGAUUUAAAAGCAAGAUUGAUGGUAAGUCAUUUGGGAAAUUGGGAUAAUGUAAUUUUGAUUGGCCUCUUCCAUCACUUUUGCUAGUGUGACUAACACACUGUACUGUACUUAUUAUGCGUGGCAAUAGAAGUGUACCUGAUUUUGAUGAAUAUUAUUUCUGUUACAUAGUAAAGCAAGUUUCAUUUUAAUGAAACCUCUUGGAAAAGUUAAGAUAUAUUGCACUGCAGGUUAUUUAAGAUGAUGUUCUGGCACAUUACUGAAAGGAGCUGUUGAAGGUACAACACCCCUAUCGGUAUUUUGCCUCUAUGUAUCAUGCUUUUGAGGCGCUUAAUGUGUCUUUCCUCAGGACGAGGAUUACGUUUCUCUACAUACAAAUUAUUCUCUGCUUAUGGCCUAGUCCUAUAAACCUUGAUUGUUUCAAAAUAUGGAUGAAUUUGCAUAGUUAACUUGUAUGCGGUUGAAAUGAUGGUUUUUCAUAUAGUGUUUGUAUUCUAAUUUAUUUUGAAGAUCGGGCUAAGCAGAAAAUAUUUUGAUCUAGGCAAACGUAUGUAACACUCAGCCUCAUUGACCCCUCCCACCAUUUUUUAUUUGUGAUUCUAUCCUUAGAAGUUCGAUUGAAUGCACCCUAAAUAAUUAUCACCCAUGAAACAUUGUAAAUGGCUUUACAAAUUUUUAAUGUCUUUAUAAAUUUUUUAGUAUAUCAC